UUAAUUUCUGAUUAAGUAGUUUUAUAACUGGCAGUCCAAUCGAGUCUGUCACGCAUCAUGGUCGCUACGGUCAAGUGCGCGGGAUCAUUCUUAUCGAUACUGUUUUGUUUUUCUCAAGUAAAUGGGAAACUAAUAAAAUACAAACUAAACGACGGAAAUGAAAUUCCUGCUGUUGCUCUAGGCACCAGCCUGGGACAUUUGGCAGAUGGCACGCGGGUGCUGCCGACGAACCACUCGCUCGCCCAGGCGGUACAAUGGGCCCUGGAGGCCGGCUAUCGACACAUUGACACCGCGGCGUUGUACCGGGUGGAGGACGAGGUCGGCCUGGGGGUGCGCCGCUUCCUACGACACAACGACACCCGCGCCGACGUUUACGUCACCACCAAAUUAUGGAACGAUGCUCACGAAAGAAACGAAGUGAUUCCAGCUCUGAAGAAGUCGUUAGAGCUGUUACAAAUGGACUACAUCGAUCUCUACCUCGUACACUAUCCAAUGGCAUAUAAGAAAGACGGCAACAUCAGUUCUACAGACUACCUAGAAACUUGGAAAGGCAUGGAGGAUGCUAAAGAGCUGAAUCUCACCAAGUCCAUAGGUGUUUCAAACUUCAACGUAACGCAGAUGCAGCGACUUUGGGAUAACUCUAGGAUUAAACCGGCAGUUUUACAAAUCGAGGUGAACCCAACGAUAACCCAAACCGAGUUGAUAGCGUGGUGUCGCGCCCAUGGAGUGGUCGUGAUGGCGUACAGUCCGUUCGGCGCCAUUCUCGGCCGAAAACCGACCGCGCCGCCGCCAAGAGCCGACCACCCGACCCUGCGCCAUAUUGCCGAGAAAUAUAACAAAACUGUUCCACAGAUAUUAAUCAGAUAUUUGGUUGAUCAAGGAUUAGUGGCCAUACCUCGCUCCACGAACAAGGAGCGCAUACAGCAGAACAUUGACAUAUGUGACUUCAGCCUGAGCCCCCAGGAGAUUACUGACUUAUCUACCUUUAACAAAGACUAUAGGCUCAGGACACCGGCUAAAUGGUACCCGCACCCAGAAUUUCCUUUUGAAAAAAAGAACCUUACGGCUGCUGAAAUACAGUACAUUAUUGAACACAGCAAGGAGGAUUAAAACACAGAAUAGUAAAACUUCAAUUAUAAAGGACCAUGGGCAACUUUGUAUGGAGCCUGGUCCAAAAACCAAUAGAAAUGAGAGUUAGGUCAUUAGAUAGGUAUUUAUAUGUACUUCAUUUCGUUAUACGGGCACAAAGCGGAAUUCCAUUGCAGAACUGAGAUAUUUGUAUUUUAGUCGAAAUGUCGUCACCCUUAUUACCUGGGCAAUAGAGUCCAAGUAAGUAAAUUAAUGCUGCAGGGUAGAUGUUCGCGCGCGCCCGGCGGUGAACUGUUUUGCCUAGGUAAUAAGGAGGAAGACAUUUUCACUAUAAUACCAAUAUCUCAGUUCUGCAAUGGAAUUCGGCUUGGUGCCCAUACAACGAAAUUAAGUUCAUAGAAAUACCUAUCUAACUACCUAAUUCUCAACUCUAUUGGUUUUUGGACCAUUUUGACGCAUAGUCCUUUCAUUCGUGAACGCUGUCUAAACGGCUGCACUAAAUCAAAUCAAAUAUACAUAUGGCUAUCAAAUUAUAUACAUUUUACACUCUAAAAUAAUCUACAAGAAAUUAAAUAGAACAAGGAAUUAAAGAUAACUUAUUUA